GCUCAACCUCCGAUCUCCCGCCCUCGAUGCUCUUCUGAUAAACGCCUCCCCCACGCAUCCUCUCGGUCCUCCCUCGACACUGCGACAAUCCAUCCACGACCAUGAGCCAGGAUUAUUUCCCCUCCAAGGGCAAGGCGCCCCAGCAACACGACGAGCACGGCGAGCCGCGCGAAUUCGAUGAUGGCGCCGGACAACACGCGCAGGUCCCGGGAGCCCCGACCACGCCCGCGUACAUGACCGUCGGCACCGGCUCGACUUCCCAACAUGCUGCCCGCCUUCAGGCCAUGCUCGACAACGACUCCGGCUACGGCGGCAGCAUUGCCGGUGACUCAAGGGCCCCUUCCCACUGGGACUCGGCUGUGCACCACGAUAGCCCGUUACCAACUCCGACCACCGCCACUCACGAUGACGAUGCCAACCGCCGUUCUCAGGCCGGCGCCGUACACCAGCUAUGGUAUAACCAGCACCGCGUCACACUAGGCCGCUCCAUCAACACCGUCGUCGAGCUUCUCAAGAAGUUGCAGGAGAUGAACGUGACAUGGCCUGCGCAUUAUCCCUCCGUCCAGCGGGCUGCUCUCGAUGAGCCCAACCACUAUGGCCCACCGGGUCUGCAUCGCUCUUCGACCAUGGGCGCAGACGCCGCGUUCCCUCCGCCGCCAUCCCCCCACUCACUACGAAGAUCCAUGACAACUCUGGACGACCACGUCGAGCCCGAAUCCAGCCGGGCUGCUGAGAGGAGGAACACCGGUUCGGAACCUCGACUAGUUUCCCCACAGAUUGCCCAAGAGUUUUCCGUCCUCAAGUUGGAUCUUAAUCUGGGUUCUCUACACCAGGCCGACCUCGUACAUUCGCUGCAGAAGGAGUCAGUGGCUUCUUUGCUCGAUGGUAAAAUUCGCUCCAGCAUCAAACAUCUUUACUCGCUGCGCGAGAGAAUUGAAGAUACUUCGAGCAAGGUUUUGGUCACUGGUGAUCUGAAUGCGGGAAAGUCUACCUUCUGCAAUGCCUUGCUCCGUCGGAAGGUCCUGCCUGAAGACCAACAACCCUGCACGAGUAUCUUCUGCGAGGUCCUGGACGCGAGGGAAAACGGCGGAAUUGAAGAGGUCCACGCAGUUCACAGGGAUGCAAUCUACGAUCGUCACGAUGAGGCCACCUACGACGUCUAUUCCCUGAAGGAGCUGGAGAAAAUUGUCACCGAUAACGAGUCCUACCAACAAUGCAAAAUCUACAUCCGGGAUGCGCGAACUAUUGACGAGUCUCUCCUGAACAACGGUGUUGUCGACAUUGCGCUCAUUGACGCCCCCGGUUUGAACAUGGACACCACCAAGACCACGGCCAUUUUUGCGCGACAGGAGGAGAUCGACGUUGUCGUUUUCGUUGUUUCCGCUACUAACCACUUCACGCAAACGGCGACCGAGUUCAUUAGGGCCGCUGCUGCUGAAAAGGCCUACCUCUUCAUCGUCGUCAACGGCUUCGACACCAUUAGAGAUAAGGAGCGUUGCCAGAAGCUCAUCCUUAACCAAGUUAGGGGUCUGAGCCCUGCGACGCACAAAGAGGCGGAUGAGCUGGUACACUUCGUCUCCAGUACUGCGAUUCCCAUGGCCCCAUCGCCGCCUGGUGGUUCUUACGGAGGUGGAUCGGGCAGCGCAAGCGGUGGCGGUGGAGGGGAUGAUGGCGACGAUGAUGAUCCUAAGGGCAAGGGCAAGAAGAAGGAGAUGGCCCGGGACUUCUCGAACCUUGAACAGUCUUUGCGGAGAUUCGUCUUAGAGAAGCGGGCUCGCUCAAAGUUGGCACCGGCCAAGACCUAUCUUACCAACAUUCUGAACGACGUCCACGUACUUGCUACUGUCAACCAGGAAGUUGCCCAGUCAGAGUUCGACCGGAUGAAUCAGGAACUGCAGAAGCUUGAGCCAGAACUUGAGCGGAGCAAGCAGGCCAAGCAGGAGAUCAAUGAGAAGGUUGACCAGACGAUCGAGGAGACCUGCCAGGAGAUUUACGAAUAUUCGCGUAACACGAUUAGCAGCUCGAUCGAACGCGCCGGUGAUGGCAACUUCGGAAUCCCCUAUCCUGGUCUCUUCAGUGCGUUCGAGUAUGCCGAGGAGCUCAAGGAGGCUAUGCUUUCGCAGAUUGCUGCCUCGGUCACUCAGUGUGAGGAACACGCGAGAGCCAGGACCGUUGACGGUGUCAACAUGAUCAAGCAGCUCGGAAUCAUGCACCUAGGAAACGAGUACACCGAUCUGGCCUUCCGCCCGGAUGUUAUGUUCCGCCGCAAGAAGGAUGCUCUUGCGCGCCAAGUCGACAUUCCCACCGAGCUGUGGGACUUUGUCGACUGGAGUACUGUGCUUCAAAAGGAGGAGAAGGCCGGCAUGGCACUUACCGUUGCCGGUGUCGUUGGCACAAGCGUGCUCAGCGGUUACAGCCAGAUGAACCUUGCUCUCCGUGCAGCCCAGAUCCUAGGAACCAACAACGUUGGCCGCCUCAUUAUUCCUGGCUUGAUUGCGGCCGCCGUGGCAGCGACGUACUACGUCCUGAACCAGAUUCCUCACUCUCUUCCGCACCGCCUGAAGGAGAAGAUCUCCACUCAGCUCGCCGCCAUCGACUAUGUCCACUCGAAUAGCACCCGUAUCUCCGGUUCGGUGCGGAAGGUCCUCCGUUUCCCGGCCGACUCCCUCCGCGUUGGCCUUCAGCGUUCCGUAGAGAAGCUUGACGGUCGCCGUAACGAAACUCUGCGCGUCAAGGCUGAGAGCGACGUUGCGCUCAAGUACUUCGCCAAUCUCGUCCGCGAAAGCGGUCAUCAACGUCGGGUUGUCGAAGCUGUCGAUCUCGAUGGCCAUCCUCCUGGUCUUGCUGGCAUUGGAGGUUUCCACUAGACGGCCUGGGUUGGAAGGCAUUCUCCGCUUUAGUUGGCUUUUCUUUGUUAUAGUCGGCGUUAUUGGUGCCUGUUGUGAGAAAAACACAGAUUAUCAUCAUACCCCUUGUUUUGAGCACACACACAUAGAUCGCCUGUAUGAGACAGGAAGGGGAGGUUAAAAUUGCAAGCGUAUGUAUUACGAGCUCAUGAGUUGACGGAGAAAAUGCCGAGGCAAGCAUAGUU